CCGCGACCUUAGGCCUAUCGUGCCGUGUUAAAAACAUGAAUUUUGAUCGUCAACUUGGAGUACAAGCAUUUCAGAUUUACAGUUGACUUGUUGUCACAACCCAAAUCUUCGGCGUGUUGAGCAAAGAAAUCAGCAAAGGCAAAUCAGCCGCAGGCAACAAAUGCACGCUGCAUUGAUUUUUUCACUGCAAUCGUUAAAGUGAUGACUUGAGAGAACAACACAACACACAACUGGUAACUUAAUCGCUUCAUUCUGUUUAAGCGUCACAAGCAGAAUGUUUACGUAAUGUGUGAAAGUGUAAAGCUGCUACAAACGAACGGGCAAACCAAAGCAACCACAAAGCCAACUGACGCCGCCGGCGCACAGCGCUGAUUGUGCGACAGCAACAUACCAAGCAAACAUAGAGCAAGUAAACAAUAAAGCUGAGCAGAAAUAAGAAAUAAAUGCAAAAAAUGAAACAUAGUUGCCGACGCCAAAGCCAGAGUUAGUGAACAACAACAACAAGGCCGAUAUAAAUUGGUCAGCAACAGUAAACAGUGGACCUGUGCUGGAGCUGUGUGUGGGAAGAAAGCCGGAAGCACAGCACUUGAAGUCAACUAUAAAUAAAAAAGCGCAUAUACUGCAACAACAAUAAAAAAAAAAACAACAUUAUAAUAAAAGCAAAGGCACAAACACAGCGCCUUCAAGAACAAUCAAUUGUUGUAGCAAAAUAGCGGUGUUUCUAUAUUGCCGUUGCUGCGGCUCGGCUGUUGUUGACAGUGACAGUGAAUAAGAAAGACACACAAAUAAAGUGGCAUACAUAAAGUAGAAGACACAAUAAAGUGCGGAUAAAGCAUCUAAUCUAACUACAACAGACAACAACAGCACAGGAAAUAUAUGAAAAUACGACAAGCGCUGGCUUUAUGCUGACAGCAAAAGAAAUUAACACAAAAGACUGAGCGAAUCAAGGAAAGCAGCGGCACUGGGGGUAUACAACAACGCUCGUUUAGCGGUAUGCGGGGUUUAGAAGGUGUAGCAGAGACAUAAAACAGUCUCAACAUAAAGCACACAGAGCUCAGGCGAGUAUAUUACAUGCUCCGGCAUUUGGUUAUGAAGCGCGUUUGUCAAAUGAAUCAAUUUACAUGCUAAAAGUGUCGCUGGACAAAGUGCAAAACAGCAAAAAUAAAGCGGAGACAACCCGGAAGAAAAGCGACAUAAAACUGUCAACAUUGUCGAAGCUCGCCCAUUUGUAGGUCACUCACAAAUGCCCACAAGCGGGAAUACCAGAUUUUGAUUAUCAACCUAAUUUGAACACCAGGCAGACAGACAACGUGCCUGACGUAAAUGUGAUUAGACUUGAGCGCACUGAAUGGUCGACGGCAAAGUGGCAGCAUAAAAGAACGCAACAAAAGCUAUUGACGCGGGAAAUAAUGGCGAUCACGAUUAGUAAUUUGACAGUUUAAAUGAACUGAAGGCACGCAGAAGGCAACGAAGUAGCGGCAUUUAGGGGAAUAAAUGACAAAAAAUUAAAUAAAAAACUUCAAAACUGUCACUGAGCGCUGCCAAGUGGAGUGGGAGAGCAUUGUUGCUGAAUAACGUUAGACAACGUGCCGAUAUUUGGGCACUUACGCAGACAAGUGCUAAGAUAAACUGGACCAAACCUUUAAUGGAUGACUUUAGACUAUGAUAAAAAGAAGAAAUUAUUUAUUACAACAAAAUAACAAAAAAUAAAAAAUUACAACAUAACUCAUAGAACACCCCACGACUGGUAAGAAAACUAAACGCAUAGUGGUGAAAAACGCAAACGGCACAUUUGCAUAGCAUACAUUUAGGAGUUGACGAAAUAAGGCGGCAUGCACACCCAAACACGCACUUGCUGACACUACACACACACACACUAACGACUGCAUACCGCAAGGCGCGUAUACAUGCUCGUACACAGCUAGCGACUAAAGCAGAGUGCAAGUAAUAUUAGCAACAACAACAACACAAUGCUCCAACAAUCAACUGCCCGCCUUUUACUGCCCAUCACGCUGCUCGUGUUGGCCAAUUUUCGCCUCACACUUACCUGCCCCGCCGAAGUGUGCGCCUGCAAGUGGAAGGGUGGCAAGCAGACGGUCGAGUGCGGCGGCAAGGAGCUGCCGAAUAUACCCGAGGGCAUGGAUCCCGGCACGCAAGUGUUGAACUUCUCGGGCAAUAGUCUGCAAGUGCUGCAAAGUGAACGCUUUCUACGCAUGGAUUUGCUGAAUCUACAGAAAAUCUUUCUAUCGCGCAAUCAGUUGAUACGCAUACACGAGAAAGCCUUUCGCGGUCUGACCAAUCUCGUGGAGCUAGAUUUAUCGGAUAACUCGCUGCAAAAUGUACCCACCGAGACGUUUCAAGACUACAGUUCGCUGAUGCGUCUCUCGCUUAGCGGCAAUCCCAUACGCGAGCUGAAAAUGUCGGCUUUCCGGCAUCUCUCGUUUCUGACAACGCUCGAGCUGAGCAAUUGUCAGAUCGAGCGUAUUGAGAAUGAGGCCUUCAUUGGCAUGGACAAUCUGGAGUGGUUGCGUUUGGACGGCAAUCGCAUCGGUUUCAUACAGGGUCAGCAUAUACUGCCCAAAUCGCUGCAUGGCAUCAGUUUGCAAAGCAAUCGCUGGAUGUGCGACUGCCGUUUAUUGGACUUGCAUAUGUGGCUCAACAACUAUGUGACGCCGCAGGUCGAGGAACCCAAGUGUGUGGAGCCGCCGCGACUGAAAGGACAAGCGAUCAAGACGCUGAAGAAGGACGAACUGGCUUGCCUGCCAGAGGUCACACCCUCAUCGACGUACACCGAAAUCUCGGAGGGCCGUAAUAUGUCGAUUAUGUGCGUGGUGCGUGCUAUACCGGAGCCGCAAGUAUUGUGGCUAUUUAACGGUCAAGUGAUGACUAACGACAGCCUGAUUGAUAAUCUACAUAUGUACUACUAUAUUGAUGAGACGGGCAGCGCGGAGGAGAAGCGCAGUGAGAUCUUCAUCUAUAAUGUUGGACCCGAGGAUAAUGGCACCUUUUCGUGUGUGGGCAAGAAUGUGGCGGGCAUAACUUUCAGCAACUACACGCUGCGCGUUAUCAUCAAAGAACCGCCUGUGGUGAACGAGGUGUCCUUUCCACGCGACUAUAUGAACUAUAUCAUCGCCAGCAGCACGGGCGCUGGCGUCAUAUUUGUUGUGCUACUUUGUACGAUAGUGAUCAAGUGCAAACAGCGCCAGCCAAACAAGCGCAAGAAGUGUGCCAAUGGCGGCUCGGUUACCAAUGUGGUUGGCGGUGGCGCACACGCUACAGAUAGCAGCGGCAACGAGACGGGUUUGAUGAAAUGCUCGUCUAUACUGAACGAUGGCGACUCACUGAACGGCGGUGCGGGGCUUUUGUUGGCUGAAGGCAUGACGCCCACCAAGCUGUGCAAAGAGAAUGGCGGCGUCAUUAUGGGCGGUCAAAUGCAACAGAAUUUACUGCUAUAUGCACCCGCGCAUUACCAACAGCAAACGUCCAACAGCGCAGUGAUUGGCGAUGGCGGCCAGACGCUGCAGUUGAGCGUUAGCAUGGCUAGUGCGAGCGGUACGCCGCCGCCAAUGUUAGUUGGCAACGCUGUCAGUUACUGUUCGCCGCCUUCGUCGGUGCGCAAUUAUGCGGAGAAAAAUCCAGAUUUGGUAAAUGACGCCGAGAGCGUUAAUCAUGGCAAGCUGAAAACAGCAGCGUCCUUAGACGCAGACUACGAUGCGGCUAGUGAUUGCUCGGGGCCAUGCAGCAUACAGGGUAUGUCGACGACGCCGGUGCAAUUCGACAAUUGCUACCAGCUGGCACCACAGUAUGGCUCACAGAUUAUACGGCCGGCAAACAUGCAACUGAAUUCUGCUGCAGCAGCACGCUUUGGCGCUAUGACGACAUUGCCGCGUGGUAUGCAAUUGAAGACCGUAAUGAACAGUUUGAGCGCCGCACCCGCGCCACAACACCAAGUGGACGUGCACUUGAAUCCAGUGUGCUUCCUUGGUCAGGAUGGCUUUGCUUAUGAUUACAGCAACGCGCACUUGCAACAGUCGGCGCCUGCACCACCUUCGCAUCAUCACCUACAGCUGCAGCCGCAACAUUCAUUGGGCUCCGAACCCUCACACGCACAACACAUGCAACAGCAAAACUUUUACCGCACUCUACCACACAACCGCGCACACAAACAGCAGCAAUUCGCCGCGUCCGCUGCAAAUCCAGGCAUGCGUUAUAGCCUAGAGGCGGAGUUCUUGCAGCGCUCCGGCACACCAACCUACGACAAGUAUAUGCCCAAUGUGCGCUUCACGGCCGAGGGCUACCCACAAACACAACAACAGCAUAUAGUGCAGUACCCGUCGCCGCCGGAGGGCUACAAGAGCAGUCAAAGCCCCGCGCCCAGCCUGCAUGACGGCGGCGCGGUAAGUGGCGCGGGUGGUGUCGCUUCCACAAUUUCGAAUGCUACGUUUCAGCAGUGGCCACCCUGUUUGCCCGGCUAUCAUGUGCAGGCCAUACGCUAUCCACCGACCAUUGUCGGCGUAUUAAGCCCACAGGCGCAUAUGCAACAACAACAGCAGCAGCAUUUGCUGCAACAGCAACAGAAAUCGACGGCAGCGGUUGUGCUAACACCAAAUGGACCAACAAAUCAAACACAAGUGCCCACAUCAAUAACAACAACAGCGGUCACGGCUAUGGCCACAGCGAGCACCAGCACGAGCGGUUCGACGUCCGCGUCGACAGUCACAAAGCGUUGUGCAGCCGCGCAGGCCGACGCUUCCACCAUACCCGAAUGCGAUGAGAACGACGUUUCACCCACCACAUCGACAGCGGCCAGCAGCAGUAAUGACGGCAGCAGCAGCAGCGCCACCACAGUAACCAUAUCUGCAAGCAACACGACGGCAACCACGGCGGCCACAGCGACUGCCUCCGAAGAAUCCUCAAAAUUGCGGCAUUUAAACGGCCCCUUGGCGGAUAGCCCAGACGAAGGCUAUGUGGGCGAUUCGCACGAAGGUUCCGAUAUAUGACGACGCGGCGCUAAUGGCAGCUGCGCGAACGCACACGGCAAGGCCGGCGGCAGCGGUUGUAGUGCGGUCAAAAUGGACGACUCGGUGGCAUUGUAGAGUGGGCACAGCCAUAAGCAUGUGUUGUGUGAGUAGCUGGACAAUUAAAUUGUGUGCGAAUGCAUACACACAUACAUAUGUACAUACGAACUUGCUUCAGCUUCACGAGGUGUAAUUCGAUGUGAAAUGAUGGUGGUCAAGUUCUAUAGAGCUGUGCUGUACCGUUUAUUGCUUGCAUAUUGUGUGACAAUUAGAAAUCCAUUAACAUCUCAAUAAAACUAGUGAAAAUAUUGAUUAUCAGUCUUAUCUACUGCAGAAUCUCCAAAUCAUACCCUUGGUCCUCACAAAAUAUUCCGCCACCACUCUACUAGUUCAACUGCUGCUUUCUCUUGCAAGCUUAGCUAAAAAUCGUUAAAAUAAAAGAAGAGUAGCAGCAAAUUUUUCCAGUAAAAGUAUAUCAUCACCACUUGGCUGUUCGCAUUUACCCAUAAAUUGAAGUUCUGAUAUAUUUUUUGUUUUUCAUUGUUACUCUUACUCAUUUCCUCUUACUUGCGCUUCGCUCUUCGUGGCCAGUCAAGCAUUAAAUUAAACGACAGCUUUAUAUUUUUUCCAUUUCGAUACCUGUCGCAAGCUCUCAUUGUGUCCGUAUGCUGGACGUUUUCGCUAGCAAUAACAGCUUUUAUUGAUUUCAAUUAACAGCCACCACAGAGUACGUCGCGCCAGUUAUAGAACAAGGUAGCCAGAAAACAAAAAAUUUGUAAAUUUUUUCUAAGCAAAUUUUUUUUCUUUAAUUAGUUGUCAAAAGUUAAAAAAACAAACUUCUUGUAACGGCUUAGUAGGUGACAGUGCUUUAUUUUCGAGUAUUGAAAAAUUUUUUUUUAUUGGUAAUUUUCUUUGCUAUAUAAUUCAAAAUGAGGCCUAAGCUUCACACUCUAUUGAACAUUUUUUAUUACAAAUUAAAAUGUUUUU